AAACGAAUGUUGACGUCAUCAACAUUCGACGGCUUGAUGAUGAUGAAAACAAAAGUGGACCGGGGCAGUGAGCUUACCGUGACAGUGCUAAUGCUAAUGCUGUUAGCUAAAGUGACUGCUUCAGAAAACUCUGCUCUUUCAUGCCUUCCUUGGAACCAGUUUUCCAUCUAUGAUGAUGAAUUCGCUAAUUAGACGUAGACUACCCCCGUCGGUAGAGAGUCUUCUGACUAACAUCGAUCCAAAGGAGGAAUGGACUGAUACAGAAUCCGAACCAACGACCAGAGAUGGGAUUCUCCUCCCGUCUAGAGGCUCUGCAUCCAACACAGAGGGGUUUCUCUCUCCAGCCAAGAUUUGCUACGGGGAGGCUCAAAAUAACACAAUAACAGCAUGUACGUUUUGUAAAUGUAAACCUUCUCGUUAUACCUGUCCUCGUUGUAACCUCCAAUACUGUGGGUUGGCAUGCUAUCAGAGCCGGGAGCACACCUCCUGUUCAGAGGAGUUUUACAAGGAGUCUGUUCUUCAGGAGCUGAAGAAAAUGGGAAAGACAGAAAGUGAGGGAAGAAGGAGAAUGCAAGAGAUUUUGUUGGGAAUUCAACAAAAGGGAGAAAUGACUGAAGGAGGGAUGGAACGUGUGCUAAAGGAAGAGGGUAUUGUAAAAGACAACUCUGAUGAGGAGGAAGAAAAAAUUCAGGUUAUGGAACUUUUGUCCAAGUUAGCACAGCUUCAGCAGUCGGAGGAAGAGAAUUCAACCGAGAUUGAAGCCAUUCUGAGAAAACUUGAGGAGAUUGGAGGAGCAGAUCCAAUGUCUGGAGACUCUGAUGAUGAUGCAGAAGAGAAGUUGGACCUCACAGAACGACUGAAAGGGCUGGAUAUCGAUAAACUAUCGGAAGACGAGCUGUGGGACCUUCUCAACAGUAAAGAGAGAGAGUCAUUUAUGGGUCUGAUGAAGAAUGGAAGACUUUGGGGGCUGGUUCCUCUGUGGAAGCCUUGGUGGGAGGACCAUGAGGAGGAACAUAAAGAACUGGUGGAGAUGAUUCAAGGAGAAGAGGGCAAACUGGAGAGAGAAACUACUACAGUUACAAAUCUGCAGGGGGACAAUAACAAAGUCAAGACAUCUCAAGAAGUCGAACCAGCGAGAGAAUCAACUUCAAAGCUGAAAAAUAAAAGGAGAAACAAAAAAGAGACACGUCAAAGCGAAGGAAGUUCAGCUAGAGUUCCUCCAGUUUCUGCAAAAAUUCCAAAGUUAAGUUCCCUGUGUGCAAAUCCAUCUCCUCUGGUUUGCUACAGUCUAGUGAAUACUCUUUAUAGCUAUGCCUUUACUCUCUGCCGAUUUAAUGGAGACACUGAUUCUCUGAUUUUAGAGUUCUGUGAGAUGAUCCUUGCUCUGUCUGAAGCCCUCCAUUCAAGUAAAGUGUUUAGCUCUGUCCAAGAAGCUAUAGACUGUGUACAGCCUCUCAUCUUAGGAGGAGGGUAUCUUGACAAAGAGGAUCCUCUAGCUCCAGCUAUGGCAGUGGAAGCGGUUGCCCAUAUCAUGACUGGCAAAAACAAACGAGAUCCAACAGGAUACUGCCUGUCUGCAUUAAACCAGCUUCGCAUGAUUCUUUCAAAUACCAGAAAAACUCUGUCCAAAGAGGGAGACGAUGCUGCAAAGAGACAGAAGUUCUUUCAAGCUAUUAAAAAGUGUGAGUUCUAUCAAGCCUGGGUGUUGGAGAAUGAACAUCAGAUUCAAAGGCUGGCCAUUGAGUUGUGGAGUGAGCACAGUAAAAGAGAGAGUUUAAGAAACUGCAUGGACCAAGCCAAGGCUUUUGUUGAAGAAAAUCGGAAAAAAGAAAAGGGAAAGAAAGACGACACAGAGCUCAUCGAGGAACUAAACUGAUGUAUAUUUUGUUUAAUGUGUUGAUUUUAAGAUCUGUUUUGUAAUAAAGUUUACAGAAAAUUGAA